AUGGCUAAUGAAUCGAGGCCCUGCCCAUGUGGUAUUGGAGACAGGUUUGACUAUGAGGGUUGUGGGCAGGAAGUACAAGUUGAGCACAUCAAGGCGUAUGUUUGCAAACCACCCGCAAGCACUGACAAAGCUGUGAUUGUGAUUCAUGAUAUAUUUGGAUGGCAACUCCCAAACACCAGAUACAUGGCUGAUAUGCUAACAACUAAUGGAUACAUAGCCAUCUGCCCAGACUUUUUUGCAGGGAGAGAAGCUUGGAAGCCUUCUGAUGACUGGUCCAAGUUUGAUGAUUGGCUGAAAAAUCGAGAUGCCAGGAAAAUAAACAAAGAAGCUGAUGCUGUCCUGAAAUAUCUAAAGGAACAGUGUGGUGCAAAGAAAUUAGGGGUCAUUGGUUUUUGUUGGGGUGGUAUCGCUGUUCAUCACCUGAUGAUGACAUACCCGGAAUUAAAGGCUGGUGUAUCUCUCUAUGGACUAAUCAAGGAUUCUGAUGAUAUAUCCAAUCUCCUGAACCCUACAUUUUUCAUUUUUGCUGAAAAAGAUGACUUCAUUCCCCUUCAUCAGGUCACACUGCUGGAGCAGAAGCUAAAGAAAAAUUGUAAAGUCGAUUAUGAAGUUAAAAUUUAUCCUGGACAAACCCAUGGGUUUGUACAUCGCAGAAGAGAAGAUAUCAAUCCUCAAGAUAAGCCUUAUAUUGAGGAAGGAAGAAAGGAUAUGAUCAACUGGUUGAAUAAAUACAUUUAA